CGUGGUUUACUAUCACAUAUAUAAAAUAUAUUUUUCCCUCUCACUAUCCCCAUAUUUUUUUUGCUUUUUUUUAUCUACAAGCUAUUACAACUUUAGCAUUACCACCUCUUGUCAUCAGCAUAUCCACACUCAAUUCAAUCCUCAUACACUCGACAAUUCAACAAACCUAUCAACUCCAUCAAAGAUAAAUAUCAAGAAUGGAUGAUUCUUAUGGAUGAAUAAUUUAAGUGAAGUGAAAUGACAGGAAGCAGACACCAUGGCUGUGACCAGGGUGUGUCUAGCCAGGUUGACAAUGUACCCAAGGCAAAACAUUCAGUUCACUGGUUCAGAAAAGGUUUGAGACUUCAUGAUAAUCCUUCAUUAAGAGAUUGUCUAGCUGAUGCAUGUACCUUCAGGUGUGUUUUUGUCAUUGACCCAUGGUUAGCCGGAAGCAAAAGUGUUGGUGUCAACAAGUGGAGAUUUCUUCUUCAAUGCCUUGAAGAUCUUGAUGUAUCAUUGAGGAAAUUAAACUCCCGGCUUUUUGUGAUACGUGGACAGCCAACAGAUGCAUUACCAAAAUUAUUUCGUGAAUGGGGUACAACAAAUUUGACCUUUGAAGAAGAUCCUGAACCAUUUGGUCGUGCACGUGAUCAUAAUAUCACAACUCUUUGCAAAGAAAUCGGUAUUUCUGUUGUUCAAGUUGCUUCACAUACUCUAUACAAAAUGGACGAAAUUUUAGAAAGAAAUGGUGGAAAAUCACCAUUGACUUAUCAUCAGUUUCAAAGUAUAAUAGCAGGAAUGGAUUCACCAUUACCACCAGUUCCGACAAUAACUGCUGAUUGUAUUGGUGCUGCGUAUACUCCUUUACAAGCUGAUCAUGAUGAAAAAUAUGGAGUACCAACUCUUGAUGAACUUGGCUUUGAUAUUGAGAAAUUGAAACCACCAGUUUGGAUUGGUGGUGAGAGUGAAGCUUUGGCAAGAUUAGAACGUCAUUUAGAACGUAAAGCUUGGGUUGCAAGUUUUGAACGACCUAAAAUGACACCACAAUCAUUAUUACCAAGUCAAACAAGUUUAUCACCAUAUUUACGUUUUGGUUGUUUAAGUACAAGACUAUUUUAUUAUAAACUUUGUGAACUUUAUAAACAGAUUAAAAAAGCAAUGCCACCAUUGUCAUUGCAUGGACAACUUUUAUGGCGUGAAUUUUUUUACUGUGCUGCAACAAAAAAUCAAAAUUUUGAUAGAAUGAAAGGCAAUCCAAUAUGUUUACAAAUUCCAUGGGAUACAAAUGUUGAAGCACUUUCAAAAUGGGCAAAUGGAACAACUGGAUUUCCAUGGAUAGAUGCAAUAAUGACACAAUUACGUGAAGAAGGUUGGAUUCAUCAUUUAGCAAGACAUGCGGUUGCUUGUUUUUUAACAAGAGGUGAUCUUUGGAUAUCAUGGGAAGAAGGAAUGAAAGUAUUUGAUGAAUUUCUUCUUGAUGCUGAUUGGUCAAUAAAUGCUGGUAUGUGGAUGUGGCUAUCAUGUAGUUCAUUUUUUCAACAAUUUUUUCAUUGUUAUUGUCCUGUAAAAUUUGGUAGAAAAGCUGAUCCAAAUGGUGAAUAUAUAAGACGCUAUUUACCAGUAUUAAAAAAUUAUCCAACACGUUAUAUUCAUGCACCUUGGAUGGCACCAUUGAGUAUUCAACGUGCUGCAAAAUGUAUUAUUGGACAUGAUUAUUCAAUGCCAAUGGUUAAUCAUAGUAAAAAUUCAAGAAUAAAUAUGGAAAGAAUGAAACAAGUUUAUCAACGAUUCAACAAGUAUCAUAAUAAUGAUGAAAUUAAAUUAUUAAUUAUUUAAUUUAUCAUUUCAUUUACAAUAUUCAUGACUUAUAUAUUUCAUGUUUUUAUAUUAUUAAAAAAAUACAUUGUUAAGAUAUUUAAACAAUGUUUUUUUUUUGUAAUAAGCAUGUUGAGAAUAAUUGGUAAAUCAAUAAGUAAUCAUCAAAUGCUUGUGGAAUAUAGAAAUUUUUUUUUUUUUUUUUUAAUUAAUAAUAAUACGCAAAAAAACAUUUUUAUAUUAGUAAAAUUAAUAAUAACUCAUGAGUAUUGAUUCAAGUAUUUUUAAAAUAAAUAAAACUUAUUAUUAUUCAACAAGAAAUAAAAAAAAACUAUUAAUUAAUUGAUAAAAAAUAUAAUAAUGAAUUAAAAAUUAAAAAUAUUAAUAAUAUGCCUUGAUUAUUAAUGUGCAUUUUCUUCUGAUAAUUUUAUACGAAAAAUGUUAUUAAUAAUAAAUGUAUAAAAUAUUUAAGAUCCAUUGAAAAAGCUUACCUGAAAUUAAUAUAUGUAUUUUUAUGUAAAAAAAACGAAAAAAAUCAUUUAUAAAAAUAAAUAACAAUACAUAUCAAAUGAAAAAUUAAUAUUAAAAAUAAUAAACAAAUUUUUAAAUUA